CACACUAUCGGAGUUGCUCCAGCCAUGGCGCCUCAGCGGAUUCCACGGCGAGCUGUUCUGUCCCUUCUCCACCGUCUGGGCUACACCGCACCUCCAGCCACCGUCGUUCCCCCAUCUUCAUUCCCUCCGCUAUCGAUUCCGCUUCCGAGAGUUUUUUCCGCCUCCUCAUGCUCCGUUCCGGGAGCCUCUGCCAGUUGUUCCGCGUCGCCUAUAAGAACCAUUCGCCACGCGUCGUUCCUUCACAGAUUCUCGCACCCACAUGCUGUAUCACGGGUUUCGCACAGGCGUUUACGGGCCGAAUCUCGCGCGCUGUUCUCGUCUGAAGCACGCCUGGCGAGUAUCAACCCCGCUACAGUCACCGAUCGCGCUAGUGACGACCUUGCGACCGAUCCAGAUCGGCCGCAGAAUUUGAAGCAAGCUCAGCCGCAGGAGGCGAAACAAUCGCAGCCGCAGGAUGGGAAGCAAUCGCUGCCGCAGGAUCCGAACCAAUCUCAGCCGCAGGAUCCGAAGCCAUCUCAGCCUCGGGAUGUGAAGCAGACGAAAGAGCAUGUCGAUACCGUUGGUGAGAGUCGUCGAUUAGCAAAAAGCCUAGCACGGCAAUCCGACUUGCCAGAUGUCACUCAGGUGUUGGACGAUCUGGUCCACCGGCUUCUGGUCCUGCCGGAGAAUCUGGCAAAAGAUCCGAUCGCAUCCGCAUCAACUGCGGAUGACGUGACUGGUGUAGGGAAAGAAGGGCCGUUAGGGCAAACCGCGGGGGUAAAGGGGGUUAAGCAGGUUGGCCAUGCGGCUUCGCAAGGGGCACAGGCAAGUGUGGGAGCUAGUGCACAAGAGCUUGUGGACGGUAGCAGCAACGUUAGCAGCAGUAGCAGCAGCAGCGAUAGGAGUAACGUUGAUGUAGAAGCGAAUGCGGCAGCAGCCAUGGAGCAUUUAGCAGCGGCGAACGAGCGAUCGCUUAACUCUCUCCUGCGCUUCCUCAACUCCCUGGCCCCUCACAACCUCGAGCACCCCCCUGCCGGCACCAUGGAUCUGACUUUCCACAUUAGGUCGCAAGAAGGAAUCAGGGAAGGAGAAGAAGAGGGCAGACGGCAGGAAGGAGGGGAUGGAGGGGUGGCAGCAGGCACUGGAGGCAGUGCAAGCGGGGAAGGGUCAGCGAGUCUGCGGAAUGUGCAGCUCCGGAUCAGGACGACUGGUGGUAACUGCAAGGAUCUAGUUGGGCGGCAGCUGUCAGACUUCUUCCGAGCCUGUGGAGUGUCUUCUCAAUUCGUGUGGCCCGAGGGAUACUGGAACCUACUCUCUCCUGCUACUGUGGCGAAGCAACUUGCGAAAGAGGGCGCAGAAGCUGCUGCCGCCUCUGCAAAGGCAGCUAAAGCCCAGCAGCAGCAGCAGCAGCAGCAGAAGGACAGAAAGAAUCAACCAGGGUUAGAAGCAGCGUUGGAUGCACUAGAUGGUGCAUUGGCAGCGAUAGCGUCUGCACCGUGGCACGAGUCUCUCGAAGACAAGAAGCGCUUUGAGGAUCAGCUGCUGGCAGUGCUGGUGGCGGAUGGGUGGAAGGUGAGAGAGAGUGUGAAGCGCAUGUGGGCUGGGGAGAGGGAUGUGAGGAAGUUGAGUCUUGGGUUGGAUGAAGGGAGUGCGAGGAUGGUGGGUCGGGUGUUGCGUCAUGCGGAGGGGAAUGAUAAAGAGCAUGGGAAAAUGAUUUAUCUGGCAGAGGGCAUGGAAGAAAUAUUGAAGGGAGAAGGGGAUGCUGGAGGUGGUGGUGGUGGUGGUGAGAUGGGAGCAGAGAAGACUAUUGGUAAGGUGGAAGAGAAAAAGGGAUCUCUCAAGAUUGAAGUCAUUUGAAAGAAACUUUGGUGGGAUUCUGCUCCCUAGCGACAUGUAUGAGAAACGGCCUUGCUGGCAAUCUUAGGCUGUGUUCAAUGGAAGAAUAGUGAGACUCGAUAUAUCUGAUUGUGCAUU